AUGCUAGCGAGAACAGCGCGCCUGCGCCUUCGUGCAACGCUGCCUGGUGGAAGCCUCACACGCAGCUAUGCUGUCCCUGUCAAUCCCUCCAGCUCCGUAGAUGCACUUCUCGGCACGUCGGUCCCACCACCGCCGCGCGAAGGGCAGGAGUUUGAACCUGCGCCCGGCACGUACGGCACUCCGCCUCGAUUUGGCAGCAAGAACCCCAACGACAUCUCGGAUCUUCUGCGCGGCCUUAGGCCCCGGAAUCCUACUGGAUCCACCCAAUCGAGGGGCAGCAGCUCCAACCAUGCCGAUCUCCAGCGCAUGAAGGGCUCCGCCAUCGGCGCAGAGCGGAAGGGCAUUCCGAUUCCUUCGCGCGACGAGAUGCUCGACGAGAUGUUCAAGCGCCCUCUGAGAGAGCUGGAGGACAGACGCAACAUUGUCGAUCGCGAGCAUCCGCAUCCCAUUGACGCUCUGUACGGCCGCAACGAGCUGGACGAGCGUGUGCUUGCGGCGGCACGAGCGCUCUACGCUGCCUCGACCAAUCCUGGGCCCCGUUCGGCUGACGCAGCACACACGUACAAGGCAGCGACGAUCUCGCAGCUGCUCGAGAGGUUCGAGUCGAGAGCCGAGUACCAGCUUUCGAUAGAGCUGCCGUACGAGCCAACACCGUCAGGCGACCGCAAGGUGCCGCUCACCUCCGCACACAGCUCCGAGGCCGAACUGCAGGAUGCCAAUGACGAUGGCGUGCUUCUGCUCGCCUACGUGUCCAACUUGAACGGAGGCAGGGGAACGGAGCGCAUCAGCGUGUGCUCGGCGUUUGCGGUCGAGGGCGGCGACAAAAUUUCGGCAGAAGACGGAGACGGUACCGGUGCGCUGGUGGUAUCGUGCGCACACACGCUGCGGGCAUCGCAGCCGCGCAAGCAGGGUGAGGCAUCGGAUUCUGCGGCCAAAGCCGAUGCUGAGCCUUCGGACACCAUCGCGCUGGCCAUCACUCGCACGGGCGCCAUCUAUCCCGUUCGCACGCUGAUCAGCAGUUUGCCAGCGUCCGAUGUCAUUCUGCUGCAGCUCGGCGGCACUGCGCUCACGCUCAACGGCACGGGUGCGGGCAGCAUGCCGAUCCGCACGCUGCCUGUAUCGCCGUAUCCUGCGCACGUAAACAGCGAGCUGUCGGUAUCGUCGUUCUGGGGCUGGGAAGACGACUCGGGCGCGAUUCUGCCGGCGUACACGUUUGACCCGGAUCGUCAGGGGCUUGCGCUGUCCGAUCGCGCAGUGUCGCCGCCACCAGGCCGCGAGCGCGAGCAGGUGAAGCUGGAGCGCGACGAUGCAGGCCGCAGCCGAUGGGGCCGAGCGAGGCUGGUGGAGUACAAGGACCCUUGUGGUGCGAGUGCGAUGGUGGGCACGUACGACGAGCUGGCGCAGUUGGACUACAAGCUGCUCGUCUCGUCGCCUGCCAACCCGCCGGCGUUGCAGGGCGACUAUGCGCUUCGCAUGUCGAGCACCGUGACCGAGUCGGCUCGACCAGCAGCCAUGGCAGCGGGCGGUACCUCCAGCGCGGCAGGCCAAACGAGCGUCAUGCAGAGCCAGACACGCAGACCGCUACCCAACUUUCCACCACCCGGCUCGUCUGGUGGCCCAGUGGUGGAUGUCGAGUCCGGCAGCGUGGUGGGCAUUGUACGCGGCCACAAGAUGAGCGCGCUCGAGGGAAGGAGAGGCGACGCCAUCCCCGCCGAGAAGAUCUUUGAGUUCUUUGCACUGCCCGGUCUGGGCAGGAAGAGGGUCUAG